GCGCGACUGGCAACCGGAAGGUUUGCGCAUGCCCACUGAUGAUCCGCAGCUGACGCAAGAAAAGAGUCGCUAGGACAGGGAGAAGGGAGGAAGACGGAAUAAAAAUCAACGAGAAACUUUUUUAAAGCAUAUAGCAAACAUGUCUGGAGACGAGAUGAUCUUCGACCCCACCAUGUCCCGGAAAAAGAAGAAGAAGAAGAAGCCCUUCAUGCUGGAGGAGGACGGGGGCGACGGGCUGAGCGAGGACGCGCAGCAGCCCGAGGCCAAGGAGGUGGAGCCUGAGGGCGGCGAGGAGCGCGACCUGGACCUGGACGAGGACGAGGGCAGGAGGAAAGAGCCGUCGGACGAUUUGGACGACCUGAACUUCUUCAAUCAGAAGAAGAAGAAGAAGAAGCCCAAGAAGGUGUUCGAGAACGACCUGGAGGAAGGGUUGAAGGAACUGAAAAUUGAGGGCGAGGCGUCGGAGCCCCUGGAUGAUGACGACAUGGGCAUCACGCUUCCCGCCAAAAAGAAGAAGUCCAAAAAAGUGGACUUCCUGGAGGAAGGAGACACGCAGGAGAAGGACGAAUCCCUGGAGGACGAGGACGGGAAGAACAACGACGGCAUCACGUUCAGCACUCAGACGGGGCCUGCCUGGGCGGGCUCGGAGAGGGACUACACCUACGAGGAGCUGCUGAACCGCGCCUUCAACAUCAUGCGGGAGAAGAACCCCGACAUGGUGGCCGGAGAGAAGAGGAAGUUUGUGAUGAAGCCGCCGCAGGUGGUCCGAGUCGGAACCAAGAAGACCUCCUUCGUCAACUUCACAGAUAUCUGCAAACUGUUGCAUCGGCAGCCGAAGCAUCUUCUGGCCUUCUUAUUGGCUGAGCUCGGGACAAGUGGCUCCAUAGACGGAAAUAACCAGCUGGUCAUCAAAGGCAGAUUCCAGCAGAAACAGAUAGAGAACGUCCUGCGCAGAUACAUCAAGGAGUACGUGACGUGUCACACCUGCCGCUCUCCGGAGACCAUCCUGCAGAAGGACACGCGGCUGUACUUCCUGCAGUGCGAGACCUGCCACUCCCGCUGCUCCGUCGCCAGCAUCAAGACCGGCUUCCAGGCCGUCACGGGCAAGAGGGCGCAGCUGCGCGCCAAGGCCAACUGAGCCCCCCCACUACUGAGCCCCGCCCACUGGGGGCGUGGCCUGGCCGGGUGGACUCUUAUGAACUGUGCAGUCGGGUUUGGUAUUGCUGCGUUCGCCUCUCGUAAAAACAAACAAACAAACAAAAAUAAAAAUGAUUAAAAAAAACAGAAUAAACCGACAGGAAAAGGGCACACAAGCUGUGUGUUGUUGUCAUCUGCAGUAGCUGUUCUUCUGUGAUUCAUCGGUCACCCAAAAUCCCGCCCCUUCCCAGCCUCUUGGCCCCUCCCCUUUUGUCCUAUUGGUGGUUGAGGCAGUUUUUUGACAGGAUGCAGUUUCAUUUCACUUAUUUUUCUUUUUUUUUCUUUUUUUUUUUUCCAACUGCGCUUGAAUGCCUUUAAGUUAAUUUGAUUUACUACCACCCCCUCCCCCCCUUUUAAAAAAGGUUUUUUUUAUAUAAAGGGGGGGGGGGUCUCCUGCCUCAGUGCUGUGGGCGUCCCGGGGGGGCCCCACACUGCUCCUCGGCUUCAUGCGUGUGCUUCACGUGAUACCUGAGAAAUCCUCACCUUGUGCGAAAGACUGGCUCGUGCGGCUCGUGCGCACAGAGGAAAUUUCCUGUGAAAAGUGUGAGAACGAGCGCGUGUGCCAGAAUGGGGCAGUGAUUUGGAAGUCUUGCUUGCGCCCCCUCCUGGUUCCGCCUGCAGGUGCAGGAGUGUGCGUGUGCUGUAGGAAGGCAGGGAGAUCUGCUCGCUGCUGUUGGCAGAGGCAGGUGAGGAAUCACUAUUUUACUGUUUGAAAAUCAGACUUUUAAAUAAAGAUGGCUGUAUCAAAUCA